UUUAACUUCACUUAACACAAUAUAUAUACACUCUUUUAAUUUCCUCAUUCUCUUAAUUAAACCUCUUUCAUUAAUAACAAUGGGUAGUUUGAAAUCCUUGGUUCUCGCUGCUCUUCUUGUUUCCUCUCUCUUCGUUGUGUCCUCCCAAAGUCGUGUGGCUAGGAAAGAUUUGGGCCUUGACCUAGGUGGGGUGGGCAUUGGGGUUGGAGCUGGAGUUGGCAUUGGACUUGGUGGGAGUGGUUCCGGCGCAGGAUCUGGAUCUGGCUCGGGCUCUGGAUCGAGUUCAAGUUCUAGUUCUAGCUCUAGCUCUAGCUCUUCUUCUUCUGGGUCAGGUUCCGACUCUGGAUCUGAAGCAGGCUCGUAUGCAGGGUCUCGAGCAGGUUCUGGAUCGGGUGGUCGGGGAGGUGAAGGGUCAGGUUAUGGUGGAGGAUAUGGAUCCGGUUAUGGAGGAGGGCAUGGAAAAUAAGAUGUUAUUAUUUUCAAUUAACAAGGUGAUUAUUAAAAGAUAUAUAUAAUUAUGGUAAUUAUGGUUACUAUGUAAUGAAUUAGUAUCUACAAUAUAGAAUGAUCAAUAAGAUUUUCUACAAUGUAUCAUAUUUACAUUCGAGAAAUUAAUGGAACCAUAUUUGUGAUAUAUAAACUCUAUAUAUAUACGAGUGGUAAAGACAUUUGUCAUCUCCA